UACUGUAUUAUAUAUUGUUGGAUGUCACACAAAACACUUAGGAAUAAGAUAUUGAGAGAUGCUAAGGUCAAAAAAUAAUAAAAAAAAAAUAGAAAGGCUGAUCCUUCUUUUUUUUAUUUUUUUUUUUCCCGUUUCCUUGCUUUCACUCAGAUUUUGCUAUGAAACAUGAAACAGAUUUGGCCCUUUCGAUUGUGGAAAAGUAUGAAUACUUAGCUGUUGCACAAGAUAGAGAUGGGAUGACUGCUCUUCAGCUUCUUGCAUGCAAUCCAUCAGCAUUCCUAAGUGGGAGUAAACUAAGUUCCAUCAAGCGACUCAUCUACUCUUGGGUUGCUGAUGAUACCAUUGAGACAGAAGAAGAAUCAUGUUUCCAGAUACCCUUUUGUGAGGCAAUUAGGAAGAAAAAACAGAGGUAUGAAUCUGCUUUGAGACUUACCAAGUUCUUGAUAAAAAGAGAUUCCUCAUGGAAGGCCACUGAAUCUGUAAUUGGCUGGGGUAAGCUUAAGACCCACAAAUAUGGCCAAGAAGUAGAGGAAGUACAAAUGGCCCCAACAAGUCAUGCAAUGAGGACUGGACACUCUGCUGAAAUUGCCUUGUUUUUGGCUAGUAAGGCAGGCAUCAUAGAGAUUGUUGAAGAGAUACUCGAGCGAUAUCCUCAGGCAGUUGAGCAUAUUGAUUAUCAUGGGCGUACUAUCUUACACGUAGCUAUCAAGUAUCGCCAAAUGCAAAUUUUCAAUCUUGUAGAGAAAAUGGAAAUUCCAAUGAAAAGGCUCAUAAGAAAGACUGAUAAUAUAGGGAACUCCAUACUGCACAUGGUUGGGAUAAGAGCAGCUGAUCAUGCAGCUAAAGACAAACCAAACCCUGCUCUGCUAUUGCAGGAGGACUUGCACUUGUUUGAGCGCGUGAAGAAAAUCUCUACGAACCAUUUCACCAAGUGCGUCAACUCUGAUGGAAAGAGUGCUGAUUUACGGAAAUUAACAAAUGAAACACUUCGUAAAGAUGCCAAUGAAUGGUUGAAGCGCACCGCUGAAAAUUGCUCCAUUGUUGCUGUGCUUAUUGCUACUGUUGCUUUUGCUGCACCCUACACGGUUCCAGGAGGUCCAAAUCAAAAUACUGGACUUCCCAUUCUCCUCAACCAGCCUUUCUUUUUGAUUUUUGCCAUGGCUGACGUACUCUCCCUUACAUUGGCUUUGACAUCAGUCAUUACAUUUCUCUCCAUCCUCACGUCACCAUUUAGGUUAAAGGACUUCAAAUAUUCUCUUCCUCAAAAACUUAUGGUAGGAGUUACACUACUGAUUUUAUCUGUUUCAGUGAUGAUGUUGGCAUUUGCAGCAACAAUUAUCCUAACCAUACGUAAUAAGCAACAAUGGACAAGAAUUGCCUUAUACUCUGUUGCUUUCUUCCCCGCCACCAUCUUUCUACUCUCAUACUUGCCUAUUUAUAUAUCACUCAUGAGUAAUAUCAAGUACUCUCUCAAGAGAGCAGGAAAGGGAGUUCCCCGAUUAAGUAGUGCUUCCAUUAAAUCUUGGCUCACCAAUUCAUUCAUGUUUUAUAAAUCCAAACCCAUAACCCAAUCCCAAGCCACAAGUUGUACCUGUUCUAGAUGCCCUUGUACUGCUCAAACCAUCGAUUCCCUCGUCUGA